GUGGAAGUACAGCAACACAGUCCAAACAAGACCAGAUCGGUAAAAAUAGGACACAAAAUCUGCUGCAGAAACAGAGAGCAGAGACAGGCUGCUGCCACUAACAACAGCAAACGGAACCAAGUGCCCUCAAAAUCUCAAUGAUCCAACUAUUUCCUCUCAUGCUAAGUGCCUGAGAAACCCCACUCUCCCUCCCUCCUUCCCUCCUCUCUUUUUCUCACCAUUGUAGCCGAACCUGUCCUUUCUCCACUUCUCCAUAAACUCUGAUCUCUUCCUCUCUCACUAGAUCUUAUUAUACUUAUACUCCAACAAAACCUUCAAAUCUUCUCACCUGCUUUACCCUUCUCCACAACAAUGGCUCUGUUCCAUCCAGUUUCUGGUUUUUCUCUCGUCUUCCUGUCGACACUACUGUCUCUUGUCAUUGUUUCGCAUCAGCAGCAACCUCUGCUGAACCCGGCCGAGCAAGACGCUGUCUAUCGGGUCCUCCACUCCAUCAACCCCACCAUCGCCUGGCGCUCCCUCUUCUCCGACGACUUGUGCUCCUCCGCCCCGCACGGCGUCGUCUGCGACUUCUUCUCUAACGAUGAAGAUGAGGCCAACGAAACGGUCCAUGUCACCGAGCUCAGCUUCGGGUACGUCUCGGACUACGCUCCCAACCCGCCUUGUUCCCCUGAGUUCUCGGCCCUCGACCCACUCCUCUUCACCUCCUUCAAGUUUCUCCGCAAGCUCUUCUUCUACAAAUGCUUCAACAAUGCAACGCAGAGUGUUUCGUUUCCUCAUGUCGCUUCACCGAGUUUCUUGUCCACCCUCGAAGAGCUCGUGUUCGUCGAUAACCCAUCUUUAGUCGGGCCUCUCAGUGGCAUAAUCCAGAACUACACAAACUUAAGAAGGGUCGUUAUGACAGGAAACGGAGUCUAUGGGGAUAUCCCAAACGUGGUUGGUGAUUUGGUUAAACUCGAAGAGAUUACGCUCUCGAGAAAUCAACUCAGCGGUGGGGUCCCUUGGAAUCUGUCCAAGCUGAAGAAUCUGAAGGUUCUUGACCUGAGUCAUAAUCAUUUUGAUGGAGACGUCCCUGACACUCUGGGUAAUCUAACGGAGCUCUUGAAGCUGGAUUUGAGCUACAAUGGACUCUUUGGCAAAAUCCCAGAGGAUUUAAGGAGACUACAGAGUCUGGAGUUCUUGGACCUGAGCUACAACCAUUUUGGCAAUUAUGGGAUUCCAUUAAUCUUAGGGGAAAUGCCCAGAUUGAAGGAAGUGUACUUGAGUGGGAAUUUACUGGGAGGGCAGAUUCCGGAAAUUUGGGAAGAGCUCGGGAGUGUUUUGGGGGUCGGGCUCUCAAACGCUGGCCUGGUUGGGAACAUCCCGGCUUCCAUGGGUGUGCAUUUGAGAAACUUAUGUUACUUGGGUCUUGACAACAACAAUCUUGAAGGGACUGUGCCUGUGGAGUUUGGCCUAUUGGAGUCUGUGAGUGAAAUCAAUCUGGAGAACAACAAUUUGAGUGGAAGAGUCCCAUUCUCUGCCAAGUUCCCAGCCAAAUUUGGUGGGAAGCUGAAACUAAAGCUGGCAGGGAACCCAGAACUCUGUGUGGAUGAGGGAUUGGGCUCUAAUGGUAAGGCCACUUGGGGGCAAUUGAAGGUCUGCAGCAACAAACCAGUCAUUCCCAAUGCUGUCCUUGUCACUGGGGGUUCUAAUUCACGGCUUCUUGUUCCUCAUGAUAUGCUACUUUUGUUUCUUGGAUUUUUGUUUGUUUAUCUUUUGCUGGAUUAAUACUUAGGAUAGAGUUUUAAAGACAGAGAUUAGGGGCUAACAAAAUGAACAGGUUAACACUGAUUUGGAAAAAGAAUAUUUGGGUGUGUUUGUUGGAGGAGAAUGAGAAAUUAUGUAAUUAUGGUAUUUUGUGAAGAGAUAAUUGCAUAUAUAGUAUGGUUUUAUA